AUGGAGCGGGCAGCCCCGGGUGCCGCCGGGUGGCCCUUCCCGAGAGGGGCCUGGCUCGACGCGGCGCUGAACGGCGACCUGGUGCCGGGGCUGCCGCUGUGGGCUGGUGCACGGGUCCUGGCGCGCGUCAAGGACGACGACGGGGCGCCGCAGGGCGUCGAGAUGCUCGAAGUGGAGGUCGCCUACCAAGCGGACGCCUUCGGCCGUUUCUUCAAGGGGCGGCACGUGGGCGCCAGCGACCCGUACUUCUCAUGGUAUGCAGCCUCCUCCGGGCGGCAGGGCGCGCGCCCCCUGGCCACGGUCUUCCACCUCUGCAAGUGCAGCGCCGCCGAGUGCGGGGCGGUCGCCCCAGUGGGCGCAGUAGUCGAGCACUUGGACGUGUGGCAGGUGGUGGACCCCCGCGAUGUGGCCCGCGAGCAGGCGAAGCUCAUCUGCCCGGCCGCGGACCCUGGAGCGCCUGUGCUGGCCGACGCGCCCUCGGCCGAACCGAUGCCUGGAGAGCUCGGCGGAUGGCCGCUCGGGGACGGGGCCAACGAGGACGAGGAGGAGCCUCGCGGGCCACCGCGCAAGCGAGCCCGCGAGGUGGAGGGCACCCAGACCCCUGGCGGACCAGGAGAUACGAGCCCGCUCGACCAGGAGCUUGCUGGGCUCGAGGAGACCGCCGAGGACCCCGAGCUCGAGGCGCGGCUGGCGCGGCUCGGGGGCAAGGCAGCUCGUGGUGGGCCGAGGCAGGGCACGCCCAAGAAUGCCGCGCGCCCAGCAGGGGCCGUGGGCGAGCGCCUGGCGCAGGUGGUAGCUGGCCGAGCCGCCGCUGCUGCCCCUGCGCGCGCCAGCGCCUCGGGAUCGAAGAGCAGGCUGGCGUCAGCGUUGACCGCUGCGCUCCUGGGGCGCGACGACGACGACGCGGAGGACGGCGCGGAGAGCGACACGGAGCGCCUCGGGGGCCGCGAUCGCUACCAGGGCGUGAACAUCAAGCGCGACUUGUUCCGCAGGAUCGCUCGGCAGCGGCCUGGUGCUCUCCUCGAGAAUGGGCUCGGCCACCUGCGCAGCCAGUUCACCCAGCAGCUGUCCGCGGGCGAAGCCGACCCUCUGGCCCCAUGCGUCACGCAGUUCCUGAACACGGUGUUCUUCGUUGCUCACCCGCCGCGCACGCUGGGGACAGACGAGGUGCGGGUCCUCCGCACGCUGGGGCUGGCGCUCGACGGCAUCCUGCGCGGAGAGGUCGUCGAGACUGCGGAUCUGCUCAUGCAGGAGUUCAAGGCGCGGACGAUGGCCAUCCGCGACGGGAACUGGCGGUCAGCACGGUGGCUCACGCUGGUCGCACAGGAACAGCUUCCAUCAGGCGCCUCUCUGGACGAGGAGAACGCCGCCGAGAAGGUCGAGGCCCGGGAGCUGAAGAAGAAGCCGCCAGCGGCGCGGAGGACCAGCCGCAGUCCCACGCGGUCAGUCCAGCUCCUGAGCGACUCGGAGGGGGACCUCGACGCAGCAGCCGCCGCCCGCGUGCCACCAGCGGAGGCGGCGGCGAGCCGGAGCUUCUCGCAGCACAAGGCGGCCCACCCGAGGCGCGAGGGCGAGACCCAGGCAGCGUGGAAGGCGCGCAUCGGGAGGCCGCUGGCUGCCAAGAGCCGCGGCAAAGGCAAGACGGGGAAGAGCCGCGGCACGGGCACUGCUCGCAGGACGGCCUGGGUUCGAGCGUGA